CCGUAUCUUCUCUUUCUCAUAAUAAGCCCAACAAAACUCUCUCUCUACAAUUACUCCUGCUUUCUUCCUUUUUUCUCACGAAGCCACUUCCUUUAUCAGAUUUUCCUUGCUUUUUCAACCACCAUAAAUGAUCCCUUCCGUCUCGGCUUAAAUUCUUCUUCUUCUUUCCUCUCUCUCUAUCACCAUCGCCUGUUAAUUUCACUCAUGGAAUCUCUACGGAUCACCAAUGGCCGCUUGUGCCCAUCGUUUUCUAAAUCAGCAAACACCCAUCUCUGUUUCAGCCCGAUCAAGCAACUAGGUUUUGUUUACUUGUGUGGAGAAAGGUGUAAAAGGGCUUCCUUGACUCUUGGUCGAUCAGAGAUAGGUGGGCUUGGCAGUUCACGAGAUGAGGACGAAGAGAAAAGUCAUAUAUUGGGCGCAGAAAGAGAUGACUCUGGUUCUAUCAUUGGGUUCAACUUAAUUUCUCAGUCUGGUGAUGGUGGCAUUGAAUCUCACGAAGAUGUAGCUACUGAGAUAGCAGAAGAAACUGAGAAUACUGAAGGCAGAGAGGAAGCUCAAGUCAGAGAAAAGCUCAAUAUAGUUUUUGUCGCUGCUGAAGCAGCACCCUAUUCAAAAACAGGGGGAUUAGGAGAUGUUUGUGGUUCUUUGCCUAUAGUACUGGCUGCCCGUGGACAUCGUGUAAUGGUUGUUUCCCCCAGAUACCUUCAUUUUAUUCAUCAAGAUAAGGUUUUUGCAAAUGCUUUAGAUUUAGACCGUCACAUCAAGGUACACUGCUUUGGAGGAGCACAAGAUGUCUCCUUCUUCCAUGAGUAUAGGGAAGGUGUAGAUUGGGUUUUUGUAGACCAUCCUUCGUACCAUAGACCUGGAAAUCCAUAUGGUGAUAGCCGUGGUGCUUUUGGUGAUAAUCAGUUUCGUUUCACUUUACUCUGCCAUGCAGCAUGUGAAGCUCCACUAGUUCUUCCACUUGGAGGUUAUACAUAUGGAGAGAAAUGUCUCUUUCUUGCUAAUGACUGGCAUGCUGGGCUAGUCCCUGUACUUUUGGCUGCAAAAUAUCGUCCACAUGGAGUUUAUAAGGAUGCUCGCUGUCUCCUUGUGAUACAUAACCUUGCACAUCAGGGAGUGGAACCUGCAGUCACAUACAAAAAUUUUGGACUGCCUUCAGAGUGGUAUGGAGCACUGGAAUGGGUGUUCCCAAAUUGGGCAAGGGCUCAUGCUCUGGACAAAGGUGAAGCUGUAAAUGUACUAAAGGGUGCAAUUGUGACAGCUGAUCGAAUUCUCACAGUUAGCAAGGGCUAUGCUUGGGAAGUAACAACUGUUGAAGGUGGAUAUGGUUUGCAUGAGCUGUUAAGCAGUCGAAGGAGUGUGUUGGAUGGGAUCACAAAUGGCAUUGAUGUUUCUGAAUGGGAUCCAUCAGCAGAUGAGCAUAUUGCUGCCCAUUACUCUGUUGAUGAUCUCUCUGGAAAGGUUCAGUGUAAGAUUGCUUUGCAGAAAGAAUUAGGUCUUCCAAUUAGGCCUAUGUGUCCAUUGAUUGGAUUCAUUGGGAGACUGGAUUAUCAAAAAGGCAUUGAUCUGAUUCGCUGGGCAAUUCCUGAAUUGAUGGAAGAUGAUGUUCAGUUUGUCAUGCUAGGGUCUGGCGAUCCACUGUAUGAAGAAUGGAUGAGAGUUACAGAAUCAAGUUACAGAGACAAAUUUCGAGGAUGGGUAGGAUUUAAUGUUCCUAUAUCUCAUAGGAUAACUGCAGGAUGUGACAUAUUAUUAAUGCCCUCAAGAUUUGAGCCAUGUGGGCUAAAUCAGCUGUUUGCUAUGAGAUAUGGAACUGUACCAGUAGUUCACAGCACCGGAGGACUUAGGGACACUGUACAGACUUUUAAUCCAUAUGCUGAUGGGGGAAUUGAUGAAGGCACAGGGUGGACCUUUUCUCCGCUGUCAAAAGAUAGUAUGCUGACGGCAAUAAGACUUGCUGUGAAGACAUACAGAGAUUAUAAAUCAUCUUGGGAAGGAAUAAUGAAGAGAGGCAUGGAAAGAGACAACACAUGGGAAAAUGCUGCAAUUCAUUAUGAACAGGUCUUUGAGUGGGCCUUCAUUGACUCACCCUACAUUUCUUGAAAAAAACAACACAGUAGCAAGGAUAUAAAACCAAGAAAUGAAUUGAAAAAGUUCCUUUAUUUAUCCUUCAUGUCUGGCCAUCUGGUCUGGAGAAGCAGUAUGAGAAAUAUCAACUGAAGACCAGCAUGAAACCCUUUUUUUUUCAAUUCCCCAAAUUCUAUCUGGGUAUGAGUUAUUUAUUUAGUUUAGGUCAUUCUUUUUGUUGGGAGAUUAUAAUUUAGGCUGCAUGUGCCCCUCAUUGACAAUGAUUUUAAAUUUUACACAGUAGUUUAUUUUAGUGUAUAUUUUGAUGAAGACAGCAGCAGCUGAAUAAUUAUUAUUUUUUUGUGAAGGUGCCUUUUGCUUGUU